UAUCUUCUCGUUGAAUUAGAAUAUGAGGUCGGUAACUAUGCCUUUGCGUUUGCUUACAAUUCGGAAAAUUUGAAAAUGUUUUAUGAAACGGAUAGCUACGGAUUUGACUUGGGAUCUGGAUAUUUUUGUGGUAAAGGUGGGCAGAAACCUGGCGAUCCCACUAGAAUCAGGCAUGAUUUGUUUGAUAUGGAUUUGAAUCACGUUGUGAAAGCUUAUUGA